AUGGGGCGUGAUUCGGCUCUGUUCAGACUCCUAUCUCAGGUGGAUUUCGAGGAAAUCUGGCUGAAAGAAAGGAAGCAGUCGGCCCCCAGUUCCACAGGUGGCCGAAAGAAGAAAGCCGCCAAGAAAGCUGCCCCAGCCAAAGCAAAGGCUGAAAGCAAAGGAAAGGAGAAAGUAACCUCCUCGGAACUACCGCAGCAAACAGAAGAUGAGGAGUUGGCUUCCUUCUCUGAGAGAACCGAUACGGAGAAGACCGAGGAUGAUAGAACGACAACCGAAGGUGGUGAAGAGGAUGAUGAGGAGGAAGGUGAUAAAGAAGCCGGUAAUGAGGACGGCAACAAAGAGAAGGAGGAGGCCGAAGAAGCAGAGGCCGAUAGGAUAUCUCGGAAACUCCUUCAGGGCGUCAAAAAGCGAGCCGAGUCAAUUGAAGAACUAUACCUGGAAUGGCACGAUCACCGGUACGGCACACCGUAUAGAGAAAUCCUACCGGGCCACACAGACGUGGAGUGCAUCCAAAGAUUGGAGGAGGUGGAAGACUUGAUCAUGAAUCUUACAAACUCCAACACACUCCAAGAGGUACAAUACCGAACCUGCCUCCUAAAACCGAAGGUCCAACUACGGAAGCUAACAACACGCAUCCAGAAAAUUACGGAGGAGCUCGAAAAGUUGGGACCGGAAGACACCGUAGUGCCGCGGGUGUUAGCAAGGCUUGAAAAAGCCAAAGGGGAACUUGCUCAAGAAAUCGAACGGCUAGAGGCCAUAUGCAGCCGAAUGAAAAUACCGGUCUAUACUCCUCCCCAGAUCGAAACGGCUCCGGAACACUGCCCAACACCUCCAAAGGAGAAUGCGGCAUUAAUGGAAUCCGAUGAAAGAGCCGACCCCAACCUCACCGGGCAAUCCUCUCCUCCACAACCGGAAGUCUCCGCUUCAGACUUCACAAAAGAAUGGGUUGAGGACCGUCUUCAAAAGCUUGAAGCCUCCACAUCAGAACUGAUUGAUAACCGCAUUCAAGAGUUUGAAGACUCCGCGGUUCAGCCGUUCAAGGAUAGAUCCAACAGAAUAUUUGAUUCGGCCCUCAAGUUCACCGACGCCACAAGGUGUCUUCUGGAAAGAAAUCAGGAAUGGUUCUCAGAAAUCGGCGAAGAUCUGCGGGAAGAGGCGGUUCAGCGCAGUAAAUGUGUUCAGCGAACUGCAAUUCUAGAGGACUUGACCUCCGAUUUAAAGAAAGACUUCGACCGGCUUGAAAGAGAAACCGAUCAACGGUUGACAUCAAUGAAUGAUGACCUGGUGGGCACAACACUCGAUCGGGUCUCCGAACUCGAGAAGAAAAAUGUGGGUCUCGAGGCCGAACUGAAGGCGCUUUCCGCACAGGUUGCCGAAUUACUGAGGGUUAAGGAUGCGCUGGAUGCCGAAGCAGCGAAAGAGAAAGAGGCACCGCGCUCUUCUCAACUUACCGAAGAGGAAGAGGAGGCCGCGCGGAUUAAAAGGGCAGAGGCCAUAUUCCCAAGACUUACAAAGAAAGCAGUCGCUCAAGCUGCGGAAGAUGCUGAGCGGUUGGAAAGGCCAACUGUGGAUCCUUAUGGCCAUCGUGUGUUGACUUUGAGCAAACCGUUAUAA